CUGCACCGUGUUUCCUGGUCGGCUGUUUGUUGUGGCGCACACGCGGAACUCUCACACAUGCCGUGAAAAACACUCAACGCCUCACUUUAGUAAACAUUUAUACAUUGAAAUAAACACGACUCUUUAUUUUGAUUAUGUCAGCGUCUGUGAUUCGAAGAGGACUUGAAUUAUUCAGCGAGAAAGAUGGAGCGAAGCAUAAGCAGAAGAGGAACAGUUCUAGUAAGAAGCGGAUCCGACAGCUACAGAGAGCCGGACAAUCAUCGCAGAGCAACAACAACACCGUCAAGGACAAGCACAUUCGAUCAGCCGUGGAUGAAUACAGGAAGAAACAGAAGAAGAGUCAGCUGAGCUCAAACCUGAAGUAUUUCCUGAGGACCAGCUCCACAACACAGAAACAGCACACAGCAAAGGAGGUCCAGCAGAGCUCCAGCCGGCGCUCCUGUGAUCAGCCGGAUCUGCCCGAAGCCAAACCCAAAGAAACAUCCGUCUUCACCGAGCAGGAGUUCCAGACCUUCCAGCAGGAGUAUUUCUCCCGGCUCUGAUCAACACUGAUCAGGACUGAAGCACUGCAGACGUCUGAGAUUAUCGUCAAUAGCAGCAGCUUUCCUUUAAAACUGUUAUUAUUAUUGAUUAUUUUGACAUGUACACUGAUGAUAAUGCUGCUCUUACUCAGAGAUUUGCUUUGGUUUAUUGUGCAAAUAUCUAAAAAUGCUUAAACCAAGAAACAUUUUAUACACGAGCUGAAAAUAUAGAAAUAAUGAGUUAAAAUGAGGAGAGUUUCCCCCUAAAUCAAGCUGAAUAAUCUCAUAUCAAAAGCAAAACACUAUUACUUGGCUCACCCUGCUGUCUGAUUAUUCUGCUUGUUUUAAGGAGAAACUCACUUCAUUUUGACUCUUUAUUUCUGAAAACAUCACUCUAUGUUGUGCUUGUCUAGAAAUGCUUCUUGAUUUAAGGAUGUUCAGAUAUUUGGACGAAACAAGACACAAAAUUGAAGAAGACAACAUCAGCAGUGUAAAUGAAUCUGAGGACUCCUGUAGUGUUGUAGAAGUGAAAGUUAAUGUACAUGAUAUUUUCUCUGCACCGUCAAACACAAGAUGAUCCACUUUCAGUUAAAGAUGUAAACAUUAUAUUCAGUGCUAUAAUAAAUCUAAUAUUGCUUCAGAUUUCUUUCCUGC